AUGAUGUCCUUUAGUCGAGUGCUGGCUCUGGCAGCCGCUUCAAGCCUUUCCUUCUCUUCGGUUGCUUCCGCUUCAACGGCGAUACUCUCAUCAUCGAGCGUGGCAGCUUCAAAGUCAAGCAGUGCAUCAGCUGCUGCAUCUACUCUCGCUUCAGAAGCUACGGCAGGUAGUGAUGGAACGAAAUACAUGGUCGUUUUCGGUGACUCGUAUUCGUCUACCGGCUUCUGGAUUACUAGCGGCUACCCGGCCUCUGGCAACCCUAUGGGCAAUGGCGGUUCGACCACAACUGGAGGCUUGAACUGGGCCGGCUUUGUGACCGAAACCUACAAUACCACGGAGAUCUUGACCUACGACUUCGCUGUUUACGGCGCGACGGUUGACACCGAUCUGGUUCGCGGCUCUACCCCAGAUGUCAAGGACCAGGUCGGCUAUUUCAAUGAAUACCUUGCUUCCAAGCCUUCCUACGCACCUUGGACAUCCGAUGACCUGCUCGUGGCAGUCUGGAUCGGCAUCAACGAUGUUGGCAACCCCUUCUGGGAUGGCACCGCAUCGCCCAUAGACUCAAUUAUGGACGAGUACUUUGAUCUCCUGCAAAACCUGACCGACACUGGUGUCACAAACUUCGUCCUGCUGACAGUCCCACCCUUCAACAAUGCACCCAGCUUUAUCGACCAGGGUGAGUCGUCGCUGAACAACUUGGUGUCCAACAUUACCGCAUACAACGACGCCUUGAGCAGCCGUCUUGACACGUUCAAGACUACCAACACCGAUGUGACAGCUCAGGUCUUCGACACUACCGCGUCAUUUACGACGGCUUUGAACGAUCCCACAACAUAUGGAGCUACUGACGCCACUUGCUCAAACUCGGACGGCACAACCUGUCUGUGGUAUGAUGGAUACCACGCAGGCCAGGCUAUCCACAAGCUGGUCGCAGAGGCUUUUGUCAAAGCUUUGACAGGAUCAUUCUUCUAG